CUUUCUGAUCAAGCUGUUUCAUUGCAGGGGAGAAACGUAUUGUCAAAAAGAAAAAUGGCACGAAUGCAAAGAACAAACCCUUGGAUUGACACAUUCUCUAGAUGUGUGGAUGAACUGCAAUACACAGACAGGUUUGAGUGUUCUUGUUCAAAUUCAUGGUCCUCAGCCCAUGUCGUUGUUUUGUUUCAUUACCGACUAAAAAGGCACAAAGGAACAGUACUGCUGCGCCCAUUCCGACAACGAUGUCGAGACUGUUGGAACUCUUUUGAGCUAAAACCAAUCAUCAACCAGACCCAAAUGCAGAAAGUACUUGAUCAACUUAUUUCAAAAAUCUGUAAAAACUGCUACAUGGAAGAAGUACCUGAGCUUAAAAGGAAUUUACAAUAUCGCAAGACCAAACCCCAUGAGACAUCACUCUGUGAGGCCUGUGAAUGGGGUUUAUGUCGUAUCUAAAAUUGA